CAUGCUAUUGCUGCUGCUGCUGUUGCGACGAUGACCUCAUUUUCAUUCUACAUACCUACAACCUGGCAACACCACCUUGCAAGUCGCAUUGUCCUCACCAGCAACCAUUCGGGACUUGCGCAACACGAAGACAUGUCGCCUAUCAAGGCCCCAGCAAACCUGCCGGAGCUCGUCAAAGCCGCAUUCGCCAAGGCUCGCUCUAACGGUGACCUGACCUACUUUGCGACCCAGGCCACCGUCCUCGACGCGAAUUCAGUCCCUUUCCAGCUGAGAUUCUCCCCAGCCCUAGCAAACAAGCCGGCCGCACCGAGACCGAAGCCCGACGAGCUACACAAACCCUUCGAUCCGUUCGAGAGCCCUGAGAAGGGCCCGCUGUUCAUUACCGACCUGCCCGAGUCGAGCCACAAUCUGGUCUUGAACAAGUUCGCGGUGGUCCCUGAACACUUCAUCUUGGCUACCAAGGCCUUCAAGCAGCAGAACCAUCUUCUCGAACCCGAUGACUUGGCGGCAGCGUAUGCCUGCAUUGAGGCAUACAGGCGGUACCACGGGGACGGCGAGCUCUACGCUUUCUUCAACAGCGGCCCGCACUCGGGGGCGAGCCAACCACACCGUCACAUCCAGCUGUUGCCAGUCGCGCGGAUGAAGGAUGGGCUGCAGGAUGACUCGCGGUGGGAUGUGUUGGCGAAGCAGCUUGGCUCGUCCGACUUCCCCGGGCUGCCAUUUUCAAUCUUUGCAGACAAGAUCCACCCUGACAUGACACCCGAGGAGCUGCAUGUCAUCUAUCUGUCGCUUUUCAAGUCAGCCGUCGAUGCGGUCAAGGCCCACAUCGGCGCGGUGGACGACCCCGGCAACGGCGACGCCUCCAUCAGCUACAACCUUGCCAUGACUAGUGACCGUUUGGUCGUCUUGCCCCGAUUGGCCGAGGGGGCAGCCAUCUUUCAGGACGGAACGCCGGUGGGCAAGCUCAGCCUUAACGGGACGGUCCUGGCGGGAACGGCGCUGGUCAAGAACGAAAUUGAAUGGAACGCGCUGAAGGCAGAAACCAAUGGCACCAUCCAAUUGCUGCAGGUUCUGUCCAAGAUUGGCAUCCCCGCAGAUGCGUGUCAUAGUAGAAAGCUUUGAAGUAAGGCAGAGGAAAGGAAAAGAAGAGAAAAACAAAAGGAAAAAGACGGGGCAAACACACAUCUACACAUCUACACACGUACACACAUGCACACGCCUUGCAACCAAACGUAUACGCAAGCAAACAUUUUGCCCAGCGGCAGGCGUCUAACUAAUUGAGUACAAACAUGGAAAUCAGCCAACCUACUCGGCAUCCUAGGUUACCGUCGUCGUUGGCGUCGACAUAUCACUUGUCGAAAUCCUACAGCUCCCCCGAUCUCCCGAUGUAGCAGGCAGGCCCAACCAAACCCUGCCCGCACCAACACUAAUAUCCUCAUCGACACUGACACCGUCAGUUCGUCGCUCUGAACCCUUACAUAUGGCCCUCCAAUGCGGCUAAGACGAGCUCGUCCCAUUUCUUGCGGCAGGUGGCGUUUCCGAACAGGUACGAACCGCCGUUCCGCUGGAUGUACUCGGCCACCUGUUUCCAAGGGAUCUUGGUUGAGGCCGGAUCGUUGCCCUUGGCGAACUUACGGACGGCCCUCUGGAGCAGAUGAACCUGCAGCCCAGAAUAGUCAGACGAGCCCUGAAAACAAACGUCAUGAGAUGGGGAUACUCACGUCCUUGUCGGUCCAUUCGGGCUUCCGGACCCUCGCUUCCUUGUUCUUCGUGAGCGUGCGGUAUCGACCGCGAAGCGUCGACUCGGCCUCGGUGAAAUUGCCCUUGACUCGGAUCUCGCGGUACGUCAGCCCUUCCUGCUUGGCCUUGAGCAGGUAUUCGUCCUUGGCCGAACGCUCCGUGGGGUCCAUCGGAGAGGCUUGUGCCGGGCAGGGCUUUGACUGCUUUGACUGCGUCGGCCGCGGCUCUGACUUGUGUGCAGCGGCGGCGGAUACGGACUGCUUGCGACACAGGGAACCUCGACGGCGAGACGAACUGCCUGGACCCGUCCGCGACGACCGCGAUUGAUCGGGAAGUUCCCUUCGUGGCCUCGACGACAGCAUGUGCAGGGUUGCUGGAUCGGCCUUGAUGCCGUUGCAGCCGCCUUGAUUCUCCAGCACGGCAGCCCGCAUUGCCUCUUCGUGACCAUCCAUAUGGCACUGGCCCUCGACAAGCUGUUCCUGCGACGUCACAAAGAAGUGGAGAGGAGCCGGUUCGGAGAAGGGCGGCGGCGAUGGAGGAGCUCUCUUGAUGUUGUUGUGGAGGUCCUCGUGUACCAUUGACGAGUUGGUGUAGGGCGAGUGGGCGUAAUCGAACUGGUCCGAGGGACUGGUGAUGAUGCCAGAGCCGUCGGCCGAGGCGAAGGAGCACGACGAGAAGCUCCCGAAACUUGUACCAGCGUCCGAAGAAGCAAAUUCUGGAGAGGAUGUGGGCAUGCCCUGGCCCAUGCCGUUUGAUAAUGGCAUGUGAAGGCCAUCCAUGGGGGCCAUGUCGAACUGAUAUUGCAUUGGUGCGAACAUGGACUGGAUGUCGUUCACGUCGUGGACUCCAAAUGGCGGCUGCCAGAGAUGGGUAUGGUCCACGACGGUUCGCUUGUUGCCCAAAGAGCCAUCAAGCCGCUGGGCUCUCUGAAAAUAGAUGCCAUGAUCAUGGUCAGCGUAGGGGCUACCCGCGGUGCCAGCCAGAUAUCUGUUCCUAAGCUGCUGGGCCUGAAUCACGGGGACUAACGUCAGUAACGGCGGUUUUGAUCACAUAUCAGAUGAGGCGUUGGGGAGCGAACGGAAAAGAAAAGGGGGGAAGGGGAGGGGAGGGAAUGAGAAAGGGGAGAGAAGCCGCCAACGCACCUCGAAGCUGUCUUGGAUUCCGUCCGGUACGCUGGCCAAAGACCAAUCCUCGCUUGCCAUGACUCCCGGUUGCUGUGUCGGUCUACCGUUGUGGCUCAAAGGAAACUUGCAGUUUCGCACGAAGAACUUCCUCUGGCGUCGGUCGUUGAAGCGCUGUUGAGCUCUGGCUUUCAUGUCCUGUUCAAAGGCGAAGACGUCCAAACCAUGGUAGCCCAAACGGGGAGGGGCGUUCAUAAACAUUUUGAAUGAAGGACGGACCUCGGCCAAGCGUCGAGGAGCUUCACCUCUCACGGGAAGACAGAGACGGGAUGUCGUGGACGACAACGACGACGACGACGACGACUCCUCUGGGUCCUAACUCCUCUCACCGCUCCUUCGUCUGACGAUGGGGUUCUAUCGGUGCUCUGCGGCUUGUCUCAACUCGCACGCACGCACGAUGUCGUCUUCCGGCGCGUUGAAGAAGGAGAGGAUGUGGGGAUGGUUUCGGCGGUCAAUGAAGAGUUGUGGGCGGCUGGUGGUAUUGGUGGCCCUGUGGGAGAGAUGCAGAAUGCGGCGUGGGAUCCCGUGGUGUUCUUCGGAUGCCUACAAAACCUAUAUGGUGUUCGUCGCGACGGAAGAAGAGCGGUAUAGGUGGACGGAUGAUCCACGGCUACCAGCGGACGGGUGGCAAGGUCGAACCUGUUCUUUCACUCUCUCGCUCUCCCUCUCUCUAUCUCCCGUUCUGCCAGCCGUCAAGCGGAUGUAUAGAUGGACAGACGGACGAAUCGAUGGAUGGAUGGGGUGCUUAGGAUGUCUGGGUGGCCAAUGAGAAGAGACAAAAUCCCGUUCGGUUACUGUGGACGAAGAGGUCCGACUUGCGGCUCGAGCUCAAGGGGAGGUCGGGUGUCAGGAGUUGUGAUACGAUAACCAUUCAAGAGCCAGGGAGGCUGGGAAACCGGGUGUGUGCGAAGAUAGGACAGCGAGCCACCACAGAGGCCGAGACGAGGGAAUGGAGAUCUCGGGAGAAGAAUGAAGGACACACGGUGAUAAGAAUGAUAAGAGGGAAAACAGAAAGACGGACGGGUGGACGGGCUGCUUGAUUGUUGUUGAUGGAUCAAGACAUCAACUCGGUUUGACGGGAGAGGCGUUCUUUUUCAAGCACGUUGGAUACGGGAGGGGGACAGAGAAUCGACACUGAGCCGAUGCAUCCCCCUCGUCUUUCGAGGUUCGAUCAACCCAGAUACCCGCGGGACGAUGGAAAUCACUCUCCUCAUCCUUCCCCUUCUCAUCAUCCAUGAACUAUCCCACUCCCCUGGUCUCCUGCCUCCCGCGCGAGAUGACUGACCCAGAACGAGCCUCAUACAUGAGAUUGAUGGACCUCGCCGGAUCCCUUUCGAGCAGCAUGCGUAUCCGAAGCCGGCACGCUUUUGCCAUCCGGCUGCCGAUCCGGCCGCCCCCCGGGCGAGAGAUGGACAUGACGGGAGCUGUGCGGCGGUGGUUCUCUUGGUGACUCUGGCGAAUUCUAUCUGCGUAUGUAUGUAUCCCUGGGAUCAAGAUGCGGCUUCUGCUCGACUGGAAAGGGCCGGGGUUGUCAAAGUUGUCAGAUUUCAGCCUCUUGACUCUCGUCUGCCCCCCGCCAAACAUGACUUUAUGCAUGGUAGACGGUGGCCGAACCUGCGGCCCGGAGCACGUGUAGGCGAGCGUGCGUUGUUUGUGUGCAGUGCCCUCGCGGAUGGAUGGAAUGGGACUUGGAGGGGCGGUCCAGGCCGUGUCUUUUCAAUCUACAGACGGGUAGUCGGAAUACGCUUCGAGAGGGCAAGGUAGGUCAUCUACCAUCGCCGAGCCGUGGGUCCCACCUCAUCGUCGGCGAAUUUGGCUGAAUCUG